AGUAGUUCAGCAGGUAAGCAGUUGAGCACAGCUUCUGGAUAUUCAGAGAAACGUAUUUUCUCCUUGAGAGCGUUUACAGAAUAACACGUUCACGAACAAGUUAAAGACUCUUCAUUCUUCGGACAACACGAGCAAUUCAGAGAGCAUGGCCAGCACCUCCAAAGACAACGGUGGCGACCAAUGUAAGGUUGUGACCAAGAAAAGGAAGGCCUGCACAGAUCUGGAAACGCAGAGAAAAAAACGAAAGACUGCCAGCAACCCCAUCAAGGGGUCAGCAGAGGCUGUGCUGACUCAGGGGACCAAAAGAAAGUCCAGCUUCCAAAGAGAGUCCCCCAGUAAGAAGCAGAGGGUUGGAAGCACUGACACCAACACCAACACUGCUGAACCCAGCAAAGUGUCUGAGGAGGAGACCAGUGUUGACCUGCGGCUAGCAGUAGACACUCCCAGGACAUCGGAGAGCUCCAAAAGCUCUUCGACCUCCAAUAACUUGUCUACUCCCAAGAACUGGAUCAUAUCCAACUCAGAGACUGCAAGCAGAGAGUUUGAAGCCAAGUACCUGCAGCUUAACAGGCUGGGAGAAGGAGGCUUUGGUUCAGUUUAUGCUGGGAUUAGAAAAGCUGAUUAUUUACCAGUGGCGAUCAAACACAUCCCCCAAGAUAAAGUGAAGGUUCAACUGGCUGACAUAAAUGGUGAGACACACAUACUGCCCACUGAGGUGCUCCUCAUGAAAACAGCGGCAGGUGGACCAGAGUCAGUGGGGAAAUAUGCAGCCACUACCUUAUUAGACUGGUAUGACCUGGACCACGGGCUUGUCCUGGUCAUGGAGAGACCAGUUCCCUCUGUGGACCUAUGGACCCACCUGGAUGAGACCAAUGGUUACAUGGCGGAAGCCCAGGCUAAGGUACUGAAGCUGGUUGGAGCAUGUUUCUGUGUCAGUGUAUGGUGUUACCCUAAAGCUGCACUGAGUCUCAACUAA